AUGCUCCCCAGAAGGCGGCGGGCACUGGUCGAGGGCCCCAGCAACUUCUCCGAAGUGCGCUUCCCCGGCGUCACCAUCUACCUGGUGGAACCGCGCAUGGGCCGCAGCCGCCGGGCCUUCCUCACCCGCCUGGCGCGGUCCAAGGGCUUCCACGUGCUGGACGCCUACAGCUCCGCAGUGACACAUGUGGUGAUGGAGCAGACUUCAGCCCAGGAGGCCAUCUGCUGGCAGGAGAGCAGGGCGGCCCCUGCCCCAGGCUGUGCCGGCCCAGCGCUGCUGGACGUCAGCUGGUUCACAGAGAGCAUGGCAGCUGGGCAGCCCGUCCCUGUGGAGGGCCGGCACUGCCUGGAGGUGGCUGUGCCCAGGAAGGGGCUGCCCAGCCCAGUGAGGAUGCCACCCUAUGCCUGCCAGCGCCCCACCCCCCUCACACACCACAACACCAGCCUCUCGGAGGCUCUGGAGGUGCUGGCAGAGGCAGCAGGCUUCGAGGGCAGGGAGGGCUGCCUCCUUGCCUUCUGCAGAGCGGCCUCUGUGCUCAAGGCGCUGCCCUGCCAGGUCACAGCCCUGAGCCAGCUUCAGGGACUGCCCGGCUUUGGAGAACAUUCCCGCAGGGUCAUCCAGGAGCUGCUGGAGCACGGAGUGUGUGAGGAGGUGGAGAGAGUCCGGCGCUCAGAGAGGUACCGGAGCAUGAAGCUGUUCACCCAGAUCUUUGGGGUCGGAGUGCGGACUGCUGACCGCUGGUACCGGGAGGGGCUGCGGACACUGGAUGACGUUCAGAGCCGGGUGCCGAGACUGACGGAGCAGCAGAAAGCAGGACUCCGGCACCACCGGGACCUGAGCACGCCGGUCCAGCGGCCUGACGCGGAGGCCCUGCAGCAGGUGGUGGAGACAGUCGUGGUGCAGGCCCUUCCUGGGGCCACCGUCACGCUGGCUGGUGGCUUCCGGAGGGGGAAGUUGCAGGGCCACGACGUGGACUUGCUCAUCACCCACCCCCAGGAGGGCCAGGAGGCGGGGCUGCUGCCCAGAGUGAUGUGCUCCCUGCAGCGACAGGGCCUUGUCCUGUACCAGCAGCACCAGCUCAGCCACAGCAGAGACCCCACCCACCUGACCCAGAGGAGUCACACCAUGGACACCUUUGAGCGGAGUUUCUGCAUUUUCCGCCUGCCGAGACCCCCAGGGUCUACCUGGAAGGCCGUGCGCGUGGACCUGGUGGUGGCUCCCAUCAGCCAGUUCCCCUUUGCCCUGCUGGGCUGGACCGGCUCCAAGCAUUUUGAGCGGGAGCUUCGCCAAUUCAGCCGGAAGGAGAGGGGGCUGUGCCUGAACAGCCACGGGCUGUUUGACCCCGAGCAGAAGGCACUUUUCCGUGCGGCUGCAGAGGAAGACAUCUUCAGGCACCUGGGCCUUGCGUACCUUCCCCCAGAGCAGAGAAAUGCCUGAGCCCCUCGGCCGGCCCUGUGACAUUCUGGGAAAGGGGGCCCUGUGGCCAGCCAGGCCCAUAGAUGCCCUGGGCCACUGGCCAUCUGCAGGCCCAGGACACUGCCCCAGCCCUUACCCUCCCGUGUGGAGCCCCCCAUGUGGGGGCCUCACCCGCCUCCCUCACACACAGCCCGCCGGGACACAGUGGGGUGAGCCCGCGGAGCACCAGGCUGUCCCCUGAAAGCCCUGCUGGGUGGGGCUGGCUGGUCUGCCCCGUACCCGCCGGUGAGCAGGGGCGUCAUGUGGGACGUGGGUGCAGGCUGAGCUGAGUCUGCAGAGCAGUCGAGGGGCGCUGCCCCUCAGGGGGUCUGUGACCCAGGUGCCUUUCCACCCAUUUGCAUCUCCUUUAGUUUUGCUGAUGUUUCACCGUUUUCAGAAUGUAAGUUUUGCAUCUCUGUUAAAUUUAUUCCUAAUUACAUUUUUCUUUUGAUGUUAUUAAAGUAGAAUUUUGUUAA